UGAUGGCUACCGUCCGUCUUUAUCCUCAGUGGGCCUCUACACCUCCAUCUUCGGUGUUCUCCAGCUGCUCUGCCUGCUGACAGCCCCCGUCAUUGGCUACAUCAUGGACUGGAGGCUGAAGGAGUGCGAAGACGCCCCUGAGGAGCCCGAGGAGAAAGACCUCAACCAAGGUGAGAAGAAGAAGCGGGACCGGCAGAUCCAGAAGAUCACCAACGCCAUGCGGGCCUUCGCCUUCACAAACCUGCUGCUCGUGGGCUUUGGGGUGACUUGCCUCAUUCCCAACCUGCCUCUACAGAUCCUCUCCUUCAUCCUGCACACGAUUGUGCGAGGAUUCAUCCACUCUGCCGUCGGGGGCCUGUAUGCCGCUGUGUACCCCUCCACGCAGUUUGGCAGCCUCACGGGCCUGCAGUCCCUGAUCAGUGCACUCUUCGCUCUCCUGCAGCAGCCCCUGUUUCUGGCUAUGAUGGGUCCCCUCCAAGGAGACCCUCUGUGGGUGAACGUGGGGCUGCUUGUCCUGAGCAUGCUGGGCUUCUGCCUUCCCCUCUACCUCAUCUGGUACCGGCGCCAGCUGGAGAGGCAGCUGCAGCAGAAGAGGGAGGACGACAAGCUUUUCCUCAAGCUCAACGGCUCGUCCAACCGGGAGGCUUUUGUGUAGCGCCCACCGCCUCGGAACUGUGGCGUCCCGCCCUUGCUUCAGUGACUCAGCGGUGUCCUCCCCACCCCAGAGGACCUCCACGCACCCCUAGGAUCCUGUCCUUCACCAUGUUGGAGUCGUCGCUCCCUCCCAGGGCCCUGGUCCUGCCUCGGAGCUCUGCGGUGGCAGGAUGGGAGAGGGCCCAGUCAGGCGCUUCUCCUGCUGGAAGCAGAGGCGCUCUGGACUUGGCUCCGCCACCCUCGAGGGGCCCUGGAGCCUCGGGGCUCUGUGGUGCCUGCAGGAGCAGCCAGGAGGACCCCGGGCAGGAGGCAGGCCCUCUCCCCACAGUGUGUCGGGAUUCUGCCUCUUGCCAAAGCAGAGGAGUCUGCCGUCUACUGCCCACCACCUGCCCCUCGGCUGCAUGUCCACCAACCACGCCUGCUGAGGACAAAGGCUUGCACCGUCUGUACCCGCCUUGCCUGGCCCCUCACCUCCUCCCCCGGCCAGUCUGAGCUGCCUGAGGAAGGAAGGACCCGCUUCCUGUUGUUGGUGCUAACUCCUUUGUGAUUCCAGCCCCCUGUGGCCUGUCCUCCUGUUCGAGGCCAGUGGAGAAGGCCCCCUGGCUUAAAGCCUGGGGAGGGGAUGGAGGGCUGGAUGGUCACAUGUGGCUCAGGAGCCGUGGUCAAGGCCGAGCAGCAGUCCCUUCCCUCCUCCCUGAGGGCCUGAGCCGGGGGCACGUUUCCAAUGCCACCCUCUGUCCAGUCUGUGACCUGAAGGGAAUUAAAGGGGCACCACACACAAACACACGCGUGCACGCACACACACGCGCGCGCACACACACACACACAGCUGUUUUCGUGGGGGUGGAAGUGAAGAUGUGGCUGACAGACGUGGAGGUCCAGGCCUGGGUGGGAAGGUGGAUUUGUGAGAGACCUAGGGGUGUGUGUGCAUGUGGGUUGUGUGUGCGUGUCCUGUGCAUGAGAGAUGUGUGUGGGGUGGGGGUGGGAUGUGGGCGCUAGGGGUCUGCCCUUAUCCUCCCAGAGCCAGCCAGGCCCGCAGCAAGCCCAGCGCCCAGGAGCCAGCCCCGCUCGGGGUUGGGAACUUGUCCCUGGCUGCAGGGCCACAGCGCCCCCUGCUGGCAGACUUUCCAAGGGCCCUGGAGCUGUUUAUGUGGGCGAGGCCCCCUUUCCUCUGCCAGGCGGGCCUGGCUUACCAACCCACCCACCUUGACUGCCCUCAGAAAUGUGUCUGAGGCUUCCUGGGAGCUCUGAGAGGGGUGGGUUGAUUUUUAGGUGAAUUGUUUUGGUGGUUUGUUUUUUUUUUUUUUCCUUUUAAGUUUUAUCUGACUCCUUUUUAUAAAGCAAUAAAUCCAUUUUCCUCCUGUUAA